AUGAUCAGUUUCGACGAAUCAUCUUCUGUUGAAAGAUUGGAACAAUUAUUGAGUGACAAAGUGGUGCUAAAAUGCAUAAGUAUUUUGGAACAAAUUAUCAACAGUCAAAUUGUUUUAUAUACGUUGAGGAGAUUUAACGAAUUAAAAAACGAUUUCCAAAUAAUGUAUGAUACUACUGUUAGAAACACAAUGUAUUUCAUGAAAUUGAUUCACGGUGGAAUUGAUUCAAUUAUUAACGCACAGUUUACAAAUAUCGUAGAAAACUUCAUACCACUAUACAACAAUUUAAAUCUAAUGUGGUUAACAUCAAGUUUGUUUAGUCGGAAAAAACACAUGGAACGUUUACUCGAGUCAAUUUCAAAUUCAAUUGCUGAUAGAGUUUCUAUAACUUUGAACAUACCCGAAAUAUUCCGAUACAAAACGUCUAAAGCUAUAGAUUUGGUCAAAGACGGAUUGUACAUUUUGGACCAAUGGGAAGCGACAUAUAUUAAAUGUAAAAAGGAUAUUGAAGCAAUAUCCUCCAUUUAUUUCAGGCGAUGGGCUUGGGAGUUUGACGAGGACAUAAUAUUYCAUCGAUUAUAUUUUGUUCGUUUAAUUGUACGUGAUCUAGAUAAAAUAAUGAAGAUUAUAGAACUGAUGUUGAUGAGCCCUGAAGUUAGUCAUAUUUUUAAAAAUAACUCGGAAAGCCAAAUAUUUAUUAAAAAUUACAUAACCCGUAUUUUCUUUGAUUUGGAAAUCAAUGUCUACGAUAGUAAUAGAGAAGAAAUUUGGAUAAAAAUAAUGGAUAAGUUUCUUUAUCUUUUUGAAAAUAACGUCUAUGAUAAAAUCAGCCAAUCGAUGAAGAUUUCAAACAGUGCAAUGAAUGAUGUUAAAGUAUUGCAGUUUUUCGAAAACAUGAUGAUUCGGCACACACUAAUAAAGAAACUUCGUCCAAAGUAUGUGAUUAUUUUAGAAAAGUUCGUUGUAGAAAUUAACAAUUAUAACACACAAUUUAUGUCAUUAAAAGAAUCCUCACAAUUAGUUUUUGGUGUGCCUCCAAUGGUAGGUAAAAUCAUUUUAGUGCAAGACCUAUUUUUAAGAGCGAAAAGGACUGCUCGAAUCGUUGAAUCAACACCAAAAUUUCCCCAUAUUCAAAAAACCAAAACRUUAUUAGUCUACGGAAAAUUUUGCGAACAUGUCUUAAAAUAUAAAAGUAACGUAGUUAACAAAUGGUUGCACGGUGCCCUUAAAAUUGAAGGCACUCUAGUUGAAUGCGCUUUGUGGACUUUACACGGGAAUAAACUCGURUCCACGUUCGACAAAGAAUUAUUUUUUGUCAUAGACACAGCACUACACCUCCAUCUCUUAGGUCAUGAUUUACCAAUUAUUAUAAUGAACUUGAUAGAAAAACAACAACGGAUAAUACUCAAUAUAAAGAUUCUUGACUCAUUAACGGAAGCGUACAAUGAAAUAGUGGGUAGAAUGGAUGCUCCAAUUGUUAGUAUUCCUUACUUGUUUGCAAAAUUUGGUUUCCUGUUUGAAAAACGAAACAAGUUGAUAAUCAAUCAGUUUUCCGAGACAAAUCCUACGUUGGCUAAUUACGGAGAGAAGCUGAAAUAUUUCCUYACGUUAUCAACCCGUGUUGAAUGUCAGUUGCAUAUAGACUAUGGUUGUAUAAGAAUCGACGUUUCGGAAUAUAUCGUGGUACUACGUGAAAGRUGUGAUUUUUGGCAUUCAGUUUACGGGAAUCAAUUGAUACUCGAAUGUGAUGAUAUUAUGGCACAGUUUUCUCAAAGGAUAAUGGCAUUAGAAAAGCAGUUAAAUAUUCAUUUUCGAAAUUGCCAAGGACUCGACAUGGUGGAAGAAAGUAUUAAAAAAAUCAAACAAACAGUAUUUCACGCAGAUUCCACAUUUCACGAAAUACAUAAUCGGAUCCAUUUUAUGACGCAACAUAAAAUAACUCCGCCAAAUUAUCAAUUAAACUACUUCAAAGAUAUACAGAAUAAUUGGCAGAAUUUGUACAAAGAUGCAUUAAGACGGAACUUAUGUUUUGAAAAUGCAAAAUUGGGUCUUGUUACAAUUAACAGCUUAUAA